UUAAUGGUUUUGAAAACCUCAAUUCACGGCGCUUACAACGUUUCCCCUCUUCUUCUCUCGAUCUCAUCGCAGCUCGCUUUUGCCUCCACCUCCCCCCCAAUAGCUCCCUGAUUUCUCCGCACCUGACAUAUUCACCAAAACCCUAAAUCGGAGUGAUUCGACUCAUUCAACGCGCGCAAAUACACAUAGAGUGAGUGAUUCGACACAUUCAACACGCGCAAAUACAGAGAGUACUAUCCUCUGGCCAUGCGACUCUGGUUCUCUGCAAUCUCCCUCUCCAGAGAGGACUCGUUGAGUUUUGUUCAAAACUCUGCUUGCCCACUGUUUGAUUGUACGAAUUCUACAAGAAAUGUCCACCGAUUCUAAUGUUCCUAAUCCCAGGGGUCUUCUCUGCAAUGCCGGCGCAGGGGCCGCUGCGGGAGUUAUUGCUGCAACAUUUGUCUGUCCUUUAGAUGUAAUCAAGACUAGGUUUCAGGUUCACGGGCUGCCGAAGCUCGAUAAUGGAAGUAUUAAAGGAAGUCUCAUAGUGGGUAGUUUGGAACAAAUAUUCCAGAAGGAAGGUCUACGGGGCAUGUACCGGGGCCUUGGUUCUACUGUGUUGGCAUUACUUCCUAAUUGGGCAGUCUAUUUUGCAAUAUAUGAGCAGCUCAAAAGCUUUCUUUCUUCCAAUGAUGAGAAUCAUCUUUCAAUAGCUGCUAAUAUGAUAGCUGCUUCUGGAGCUGGAGCUGCAACAACCAUUUUUACAAACCCCCUUUGGGUUGUGAAGACAAGACUUCAAACCCAGGGAAUUAGAGCAAGUGUGGUUCCAUAUAGGAGUACACUGUCUGCUUUGAGGAGAAUAGCUCAUGAGGAGGGUAUUCGUGGGUUAUACAGUGGUCUUCUGCCUGCAUUGGCUGGCAUCAGUCAUGUUGCCAUUCAAUUUCCAACAUAUGAGACGAUCAAAUUUUAUUUGGCUGAUCGAGAGAAUACUACAAUGGAUAAACUAAGUGCGCGCCAUGUUGCUGUUGCCUCAUCAGUCUCAAAAAUAUUUGCUUCCGCAUUGACAUAUCCCCAUGAGGUUGUACGCUCAAGGCUUCAAGAACAGGGCCACCAUUCUGAGAAGCGUUACUCUGGUGUAGUUGAUUGCAUAAAAAAAGUAUUUCAGCAGGAUGGUUUUCCUGGUUUUUACCGUGGGUGUGCCACCAACCUUCUUAGGACCACCCCUGCUGCUGUUAUUACAUUCACCAGCUUUGAGAUGAUUCACCGGUUUCUUGUUACCCUUUUCCCUCCUGACCCACAUCCUCACACAUUGUGAAAGUGGAUUGAUCUCGAGACUGUUUGUAUGGAUGGACCAACUUGCAUUACCAUGGACAACAAAAUGGAAGAAUUGCUGAGGUUAGGUUGACAUAGUCUUAAUGAUGAUACAUUUUCUAGAUUGCUAGUAUUCGGUAUUUAUUUCAGGUAGUUUGCAGCAAGUAGCAACAGUGAUAGAUAUUGAAGCUACAUCAUCCCCCUCAUAGAACUUCUGCAACUAAAAAUAGUUGGAGGGGAAGGAAUUUUUAUGUUAUACUGAAUUACUGAUAGUGAUAAUGACGACAUAAAGGGUGCCUUGUGGACUUGAAUAUUCAAACAUUUUUUCAAUGAUGACUUAAUAAAUUUUAUUAGAAA